AUGCAGCUUCCUCUCUUCAUCAAGGUGCUUCCUCUCUUGAUCAAGAUGCUUCUUCUCUUCAUCAAGAUGCUUCCUCUCUUCAACAAAGUGAUUCCUCUCUUCUUCAAAGUACUUCCUCUCUUGAUCAAGAUGCUUCUUCUCUUCAUCAAGAUGCUUCCUCUCUUCAACAAAGUGAUUCCUCUCUUCUUCAAAGUACUUCCUCUCUUGAUCAAGAUGCUUCCUCACUCCAUCAUGCAGCUUCCUCUCUUGAUCAAGAUGCUUCCUCUCUUCAUCAAGAUGCUUCCUCUCUUCAACAAAGUGCUUCCUCUCUUCAUCAUGCAGCUUCCUCUCUUGAUCAAGAUGCUUCCUCUCUUGAUCAAGGUGCUUCCUCUCUUCAUCAAGAUGCUUCCUCUCUUCAUCAAGAUGCUUCCUCUCUUCAACAAAGUGAUUCCUCUCUUCUUCAAAGUACUUCCUCUCUUGAUCAAGAUGCUUCCUCACUCCAUCAUGCAGCUUCCUCUCUUGAUCAAGAUGCUUCCUCUCUUCAUCAAGAUGCUUCCUCUCUUCAACAAAGUGCUUCCUCUCUUCAUCAUGCAGCUUCCUCUCUACAUCAUGCAGCUUCCUCUCUUCAACAAAGUGCUUCCUCUCUUCAUCAUGCAGCUUCCUCUCUAA